CAUGGCGCCGCUCCCUUCCCGGGUCUGAGCUGGGCUGCCGCCAUCUUGCUCAGGGUCCAGCGGAAGGCGGGCGGGCGGUCUCUCUGAGAGAGAACCGAUAACCGGAGGGGGGAGGUGACCAUGAGGAGAAAGCGGCUGUGAGACCCACCCGUCCCUUUGCCCUAUACACGGAGCGGGGAAGGAGAGGUUUUGGAACAGGAGGAGGGGGUUUGUGGUGGUGAGCUGAGGCCGGCCCUCCGUGACCGCUGGUGCCCCUGUCCACCCACCGGCCGCUCGCUGCUGCUACCGCUACCGGGGUUUGACUGUGUCCGGAGGCUGGGGGGUGGGUGGGGAAGGGGGAGGAGGAGGAGGAGGAGGGGGCCAUGGCCGCCGCCAAGUUCGAGUCCCACGACCGGACAAGCUGGUACUUCGGGCCGCUGAGCCGGCCGGAAGCGCAGGCCAAGCUGCUGGGCCAGCGGCACGGCACUUUCCUGGUGAGGGACAGCAGCACCUGCCCGGGGGACUACGUGCUGUCGGUCUCCGAGAACUCCAAGGUGUCGCACUACAUCAUUAACAGCCUGCCGGGCAAGUUCAAGAUCGGCGACCAGGAGUUCGACAACCUGCCGGGCCUGCUCGAGUUCUACAAGAUCCACUACCUGGACACCACCACCCUGAUCGAGCCGGCCUCCAGGGCACCCCCCGGAUCGGCUCCAACCGUCGCCCCAACCGGGCUGGCCAAAGGCCCGGUGCCUCCGGUGCCAGCAGCCGAGGAGAGCGCCGAGUAUGUGCGGACACUGUACGACUUCCCGGGCAACGACGUGGAGGACCUGCCCUUCAAGAAGGGGGAGCUGCUGGUCAUCGUGGAGAAGCCCGAGGAGCAGUGGUGGAGCGCCCGCAACAAGGACGGCCGCCUCGGCAUGAUCCCCGUGCCCUAUGUCGAGGUGGUGGUCAAGUCGUCGCCCCAGCAGCAGCAGCCGCAGACCUUCCAGGCCCAGAGCCAGCAGCAGCAACAGGCGGCUGGCUACCGCAACUCCAGCAGCUACGGCAUUCCCGAGCCCGCACACGCAUAUGCCCAGCCCCAGACCAGCAGUCCCCUGCCCACCGGCACCAACCCGCUGCCCACCACCCAGAACGGACCCAUCUAUGCCCGAGCCAUCCAGAAGCGAGUUCCCUGCGCCUAUGACAAAACGGCCUUAGCCUUGGAGGUUGGUGACCUUGUGAAAGUGACCAGGAUGAACAUCAGCGGCCAGUGGGAGGGUGAAGUGAAUGGACGGCAAGGACUCUUCCCUUUCACUCACGUCCAGAUCUUCGAUCCCCAGAACCCUGAAGAGAACGAGUGACCCAGAGAUCCGGUUACACGUGGUCACCUCCAUCUGCCUGUUCAUCGCACACGGUUUCAGCAUCACAUCCGGUGCAUCGCUUCCAGACUAAUGGGGAAACCAUCAUUUUGCCAUGGAACCGCGAUUGGAUUUUUGAGUAUCUGCUUACCUGCUGGAUUUUAAUGUUUCUGUCUGAGCUCUUCCCACGUACCAUUAAAGCUACAUGAUUACUAAUAAUAAAUGGAGUAAAGGACGGGAGAGAGACAGUCUCGAUCUCAGUGCCACGAUAGUUAAUGCUUCAGUAAACAUUUUGAAGCCAACUGGGAUAACCGAGCGUAUACUUGGCUGCACCCCUCACACCUGAUGGAUAUUCCUCCUGCCUACGACAGGCAUGUAAAUGCGGUGAUCCCUUGCCAAUUAAUUAAUUGUGGUAUUUUGGGAUGCUACUGGGACGAGAUGUAUCUAGCCUCAGCUAUUAUCUUGAGUGCUUACUUAAUGUAAAGGAGCUGAGUGAAUAAUUGAGGCAUCGGACUCAAAAUGAUUUGAAAUGGUUCAGAGUACAGCCUAUAUAUGUUAGUCUGUGGUGCCAUAUCCAAUAUGUAGAGGAGACAAUUUUUUUUGGAUACAAUCAGGUAGAUAGCUGUAGAAAACAAUCAUGAAUAAGUCACUUUUACAGUUUUGUAACACCUGUAAAAAUUGAGCUUUGAAAGAGGAAACACUCUGGGAAAACAGGAACAGAAUUGUUAACACUUGGCAAUCCAGAAAGAUUGCUAGUUGUAGCCUGAGUGAGGCACAAGGAUAAAUUGGUAACUCAAGCCUUAAGGACUGGGCUGGGCUGUGGGGGCAGGUAAUCUGCAAAAUGACUGGCUUGUGAUUGAGUAAGGCACAACCUUUUCAUAUCUAAAUAUGGAGGUAGUAGGUUCAGUUUUAGUGAAUGACCUUCAGAAAAUCAAGAAUGAUUCAGACAUCUGGCUAAUGGACAGAAAAUAUUCGAAUGGGGAUAUUAGUGCCUUUUCCUUCUGGAACUGGUUUCUACAAACAAUUUCUCAGUCUGCUUUUCUGUAAAAAUGCUUAAUAUUGGGUAGCUGCCUUUGGUAGACUCCUAUUCAGCCUGUACAGUUUGUCAGACCUCUGCCAGUGUCCAGCUCAAGUCAUCAGCUGCAGGUGGCUAAAGGGAUUGAGAGGAGCUGUGGUUGCAGUGUGUUUUACAGAUUGGAGAAUCGUUUCACAUCUCUUACACAUGCAGACUGGAUGGUUUCUUACAUGCGUGCACUCUUAGUUUGUUUUUGCACCCAUUCUUUCUCACACCUCUGCCCGUGUUUUUUCUCUCUCUCACUUGCCGAUCCACAUUGACCCCUCCCUCUCAAUUGCCUGUUCAUGACUUCUGUCUUUCUCUCACUCGCCACUUCUGCCUCCCUAUCAGCACUUUUUCUCUCCAUGACCAAACUGUGCCUUUCUGUCUUAUCUGUUUGCAAUUCUGUAUCUCCUUUGUUUCCUUUGCCUUUCUUUCUUCCCUUCAUCUACCAACCCUUUCUCUCCCUACAUUUUGCCCCUUCUAUCUCCUUUUCACUUGCCUCUUCAUUUCUCCCCACACCGUCCAUUCUUCUUCCUCCUGUAGCGACUCCCUUCCACCCCACGCCCAUCUGUCCCUUCUUUCUCGCCCCUUUCUCUCUCCACCCUCUUGUCUGUGCUCACCUUCUUGCUCGCGCUCUCCCGUCUGUGCACCCUUUCCCUUCCCCUCUCCCCCUUCUCUCUCUGCACCUCUCUUGUUUGUUCUCCCCCUUUUUUUGGUCUGUGUCCCUCCAUCCACUCCCCCCUCUCUUUUGCUUGCUGAAGCAUUUUUCUUUUGCAUUGCAUACUGGGAGUAAGGACAUGACCCUUCUCCAAACUACUCUACCAAAAGUCUCUGAGGUAAUCUGUAUUGAAAUGGGCUUCCCUGUUUUGUAUAAUAUUCAACUGAAGAUGUUCAAGCCUUAUAUAUUAGAAAACCUGUGCCCUGACUGCUUUAUUUAAUCACCCUGGGGAAACCAUUAUCACCCGCAGUGCAACACUAAAGUCAAUCACUGCUGACAAGCUGUCACCCCACCGAGCUGAUUACUGAGGGGAACUGCACUCACUGAGCUAUUGGGCCUGACUCUUUGCUGCUGUGAAAGUGGCAACACAAAUGAUACCUGUGGAGUAAUUGUACAUAAAUUGCUUUGAAAGAUUGAAACUUCCUUACAGAGCACCAUUGCUAUUGCCCUUAGCUGUGGAGAGUUGAUAGUUCCUACUUUUUGCUGCUUUGUUGCUGAGCUCUGCAGCACCCACUGCAAUUCUGGCAGGUAGGCAUAAAGUAGCUGCCAGGAAUAGACAAUUGGAAGUUUUUUCGCUAUUGGAAAACUAGUAACUGGAUUUCAUCUAGUCACCUUGUGUAUAUAACAAAUCCACAAGAGCUUUUUCUCUUUCUCACUCAGUGGCUUGGAGUGGCCCCAACCAAGAUUAAUGAUUGGCGAGUGUGUGCUGUUGUAACUGGCUGCUCAGCAGUGUUCAUUUUGCACUGUUUUCAUAGUACACCAUUGGUACUGGUUAUUAAAACGAAACCUUGGAAGACUCCACCUUCCUGAAGCUCACUGCAUUUUCUGAACAAUGAGGAAAUAGCGUGGUGAAAUGGGACGGGGAGGGAGAGGGAGGAGGGGAAGAACCAGACAAAUGUCCUGAGGUUAGUUCACCAUUGAACCAAAGUAUGCAUCUAGUGCCUAAAAUAAAAGCGCUCGCUGUAUGAGUGGGACGGGUUGAGAUGGAUAGAUAUUACUGUCCUGGUUACUUUUUGAAGGUGACUUUUAGUAUUCGUGUUUGUAUAGGGGCUACCAUAUUGUGGCUUCAGAGCUUUUGGAACUAACACUUUUUUUUAUUUGCCUUCCUUUCCACAUCUUGCCUUGCUGAGCUCUUCAGUUAACUGAAUAGAUCCAGGGUUGUGGGAACAACUGUGAUUCAGCAGUAUUGACGCAAAGGUUUUUAUUACAGAAUCUUUGAAUAUGCCUCAGUUUUAUAACUCCGUAAUGCAACUAGCUUUGUGUCCUGUUCCGUUCUUUGUUUCUUUGUCAAACCACUAUAGCUCCCUUGGCUUGCUUGCCAAGCUGUUACACUGGACUCCUUAAAUUGUCUGGUUGCCAGAAAUGCCUUGUGAGAAUGAACGAUGCCCUAUGUUUCCUUUCCCUUCCCUUUACCCUUUGAUUCGGUUCCGGUUUGUGAGUGUUUCCCCUUUCAGGUUGUUAGUACCUAGCCCGCUUCUCUUCCUCCUUUAGCUUAACAGCUUCCAUAAUAUUGUAAGCAGGCUCGUGCACUACAGGAAUGAAAUAAAACACAUGUCUGUGCCUCUUGUAAACGUCGCGCAGUGAGUCAAGCAAUGAAUCGCACUGUGAAGGGUGAGCGUGUACUCAGCCUGCAUCACUUGCCUGCCUUCCCACUGCAUUUGUCGCCAAUAAAAUAUUGUUUACAGCACAGCAAGUUCACAACAGGUUUUUAAUAGUUGCUAAUAGCUUAAGAAAACUAUUGAAAUGUUUGUCUGUGACCUCCAUGCAUGCUAGUCUCUUUUAUUUUUGUAGAAAGCUUUGUGCUGUCUGUUCCAGGAGAAUAAUUAAUGCAUUUUGUUUAACAUUCUGGGAAUGGGAGCUUUUUGCCUGUGUACAGUACAGAUCAUGUCUAACACUUCAUUAAAUAAAUCUAGUGUGUGGAAAUGCAAGUGUCUAGAAGUGUAAAGUACUCGCAAGCCCCAGUUAUAUCUAUAAAAUGCCAUAUGCUAAACUGGAGUGUUUUGGGGUGCAUGGUUUAUGUUUCAGAAAUUAACAGUAUUAUAGCAUUUGCAGGUUUCACAGAGGGGUAUAUCUAUUUUCUUAGUUUUUAUUUUUGGUCAAAUGUAGAAAUGCUCCAUUGUUGAAGCCAGUGUUUGGAUAAUGAAUGUACAGAAUGAAUAAAAUUGACAAUAAUUCACAUCUCCUCCCCUCCACGGUCCUUAGCUGUGGAUGAAACCGAUGUGGACAUUAGAAGAAAGGUAAAAAAGAAAAUACAAAGAACAGGCUAUGUUUGAUACACCCAGUACUACUUGAGUUGUGUGAACUCAGGAAUUAGGACAGGGCUUCUAGUGAACUCCGCAGAAGAGUUCACAAUUCAAAUGGUAAUUGGAAGGCAGCAUCCACCAGACAAUUUGGUUAAGUUGAGAAGGAAACACUGAUCUAAACAACUCAAUUUAAAAUACUUUUUGUUUUACCUCAGUCUAUCUCUAACCCAUGUUGUAGAAUGCAGUGACGAAAAGUAAUUGCUAUUGCACAGAGAUAGUAGGAACUGCAGAUGCUGGAGAAUCUGAGAUAACAAGGUGUAGAGCUGGAUGAACACAGCAGGCCUGCUCCUCUGAUGCUGCUUGGCCUGCUGUGUUCAUCCAGCUCUACACCUUGUUAUCUCUGCUAUUGCACAGUUGAUAUCAAGUGUUGAUGUUGAGCCCCUUAAAACCACAGGCUGCUAAAAAGUCUUGUCUUAUCUGUUCUUGCCAUGACAGAUGCACCUUGUAGUUUGUGGCAUUAUGUUCAGUCACAAUUUGACUCAUUGCUGAAGUCAUAACGGUAAAACUGAGCUAAUUUUAGCUCUACCUCUGCUCUGCAGAGCUGUGGGCAAACUCACUUAUGCUUUUGAGCCACAGCCCUGUAUCCCAUGAUACUGGCCACUGCCUUGGAAAUACCUACCAUUUGUUUCAAGUGGCAAUUGACUUCAGCCCCUCCGCCUGUUCUCUGGUGCUGUGACCCUCGUGAGUGUAGGUGAACCUUUAUGAAACUUGGUUAAAACAAUUCACAAGCAGCAAUGAUAAUCAAUCAGUAAUGAGUAUUUGGGAUACACAUUUAGGGAGAACUGUUUCUUUGUAUGGAACUGAAAGGAGACUAUUUGGUCUAUUUAUUUGGCUUGUGUGAAAGUGGGUGGACCUUGUUUUGCAGCUCAGGAUGGACAGUGUAUAGAGGGUAAAAGCCAGUGACAGGGAGAGACCUGGUGCUUUGAGUGCAAGUGGUUUACACACUGCUCUUCCUGGCUGAACAGUCACAUCCUCAGCCUCUGAACUGCCUGUGGUUAGCUUCUCGUAUGUCGCUUUGUGAUAUUUGCCUGCUGUGUCUUGGAGAGCACAUCUAAUAUCUCUCACUUUAACCUCAACACCUUCCUAUCUGUUCAGUUGUGAUUUGCGUUUUCUAUUCCCACCCCACCCUGUCCCUGAUAUUUUGGGUCACGUUUGAAGAUUUUUAACAAAUAUCUUUGGGGUGUUUAAAAAUUGAUGCUGAACCUGAAAUUGAUGCUAAUGGUUUGAAAUGGCAUUGGGGCUGUUUUGUCUAAAACUGUUACAAUAAAAUGGAGUUAACUCCGGUUUUAUAACCAUA